CAUCUGGCGCCUGCACAUCCUCUCGGCCUUCCUGUGGCAAAUGGUCCAGCAAAGGAGCCUAGGGCCACUCUGGACUGGAGCGAGAAUGCUGUGAAUGGGGAGCACCUGUGGCUGGAGACCAACGUCUCGGGCGACCUCUGCUACCUGGGGGAGGAGAACUGCCAAGUCCGAUUUGCAAAAUCCGCUCUCCGGAGGAAGUGUGCGGUCUGCAAAAUCGUGGUCCACACUGCCUGCAUUGAGCAACUAGAGAAGAUUAAUUUCAGAUGUAAGCCAACAUUUCGGGAAGGAGGCUCCAGAUCACCAAGAGAAAACUUUGUGCGUCAUCACUGGGUUCACAGGCGGCGGCAGGAUGGAAAAUGUAAGCAGUGUGGUAAGGGCUUCCAGCAAAAGUUCUCCUUCCACAGUAAAGAGAUCGUGGCUAUCAGCUGUUCUUGGUGCAAGCAGGCGUUUCACAAUAAGGUGACCUGCUUCAUGCUGCAUCACAUCGAGGAACCCUGCUCCCUGGGGGCCCACGCUGCUGUUAUUGUCCCUCCCACCUGGAUCAUUAAGGUGAAGAAACCUCAGAACUCCCUGAAGGCUUCCAGCAGGAAGAAGAAAAGAACGAGCUUUAAAAGAAAAGCCAGUAAAAGAGGAACCGAGCAGGAAAACAAAGGUCGUCCUUUUGUGAUCAAGCCCAUCUCCUCUCCUCUCAUGAAGCCUUUGCUUGUGUUUGUGAACCCAAAGAGUGGGGGCAACCAGGGAACCAAAGUCCUCCAAAUGUUCAUGUGGUACCUGAAUCCACGGCAAGUCUUCGAUCUUUCUCAGGAAGGGCCAAAAGAUGCGCUGGAGCUGUACAGGAAGGUACCAAAUCUGCGAAUUCUGGCCUGCGGUGGGGAUGGAACGGUGGGCUGGAUCCUCUCCAUCCUGGAUGAGCUGCAGCUGAGCCCACAGCCUCCUGUGGGGGUGCUUCCACUGGGGACUGGGAAUGACCUGGCUCGGACACUCAACUGGGGAGGGGGCUACACCGAUGAGCCUGUUUCUAAGAUCUUGUGCCAGGUGGAAGAUGGGACUAUUGUACAGCUGGACCGCUGGAACCUCCAUGUGGAGAGAAACCCGGACUUGCCACCAGAAGAACUUGAAGAUGGCGUGUGUAAGCUUCCUCUGAAUGUCUUCAAUAAUUACUUCAGCCUCGGAUUUGAUGCUCAUGUCACCCUGGAGUUCCACGAGUCACGAGAAGCAAAUCCAGAGAAAUUCAAUAGUCGUUUUCGAAAUAAAAUGUUCUAUGCAGGGGCAGCCUUUUCUGAUUUCCUACAGAGAAGUUCUAGGGACUUAUCCAAACACGUCAAAGUUGUCUGCGAUGGGACAGAUCUCACCCCAAAGAUCCAGGACCUGAAGUUCCAGUGUAUAGUAUUUUUAAAUAUUCCCAGAUAUUGUGCUGGCACAAUGCCUUGGGGAAACCCUGGAGAUCACCACGACUUUGAACCCCAGCGUCACGAUGAUGGCUACAUUGAAGUUAUCGGAUUCACCAUGGCCUCUUUGGCUGCCCUGCAAGUUGGGGGCCAUGGAGAAAGGCUGCACCAGUGUCGGGAAGUGAUGCUUCUGACUUACAAGUCCAUCCCCAUGCAAGUAGAUGGGGAGCCGUGUAGGUUGGCACCCGCCAUGAUUCGGAUCUCCUUGAGGAAUCAGGCCAACAUGGUACAGAAGAGCAAGCGGAGAACCUCCAUGCCUUUGCUCAAUGAUCCCCAGUCUGUCCCAGAUCGCCUGAGGAUCCGAGUGAACAAAAUCAGUUUACAAGACUAUGAAGGACUCCACUAUGACAAAGAGAAACUUCGGGAAGCGUCCAUCCCUCUGGGUAUUCUCGUUGUUCGUGGAGACUGUGAUUUGGAGACCUGCCGUAUGUACAUAGACCGCCUACAGGAGGACUUGCAGUCAGUUUCUUCUGGGUCACAGAGAGUUCAUUACCAGGACCAAGAAACCUCCUUCCCCAGGGCGCUCUCAGCUCAGAGGCUAUCCCCUAGGUGGUGCUUCCUAGAUGCGACUUCUGCUGACCGCUUUUAUCGAAUAGACAGAUCUCAGGAACAUUUGCACUUUGUGAUGGAGAUUUCUCAUGAUGAGAUUUUUAUUCUGGACCCAGAUAUGGUGGUGUCACAGCAGGCAGGGACCCCUCCAGGAAUGCCUGACCUGGUGGUUGAACAGGCUUCAGGGCUGUCUGACUGGUGGAACCCUUCCCUGAGGAAACGCAUGCUGAGUGACAGCGGGCUGGGGAUGAUCACACCCCACUAUGAGGACUCAGAUAUGAAAGAUCUCAGUCACUCCAGAGUACUACAGUCACCAGUCUCUUCAGAAGAUCAUGCAAUUUUGCAGGCAGUAAUAACUGGUGACCUUAUGAAGCUCAUAGAAAGCUAUAAGAACGGAGGCAGCUUGUUAAUUCAGGGACCAGACCACUGUUCACUCCUUCACUAUGCAGCUAAAACCGGCAAUGGGGAGAUUGUGAAGUACAUCCUUGACCAUGGACCUGCAGAAUUGUUGGAUAUGGCAGACAGUGAAACGGGCGAGACCGCACUGCACAAGGCUGCCUGCCAACGGAACCGGGCUGUGUGCCAGCUUCUGGUGGACGCGGGAGCAUCUCUGAGACAGACAGACUCCAAGGGAAAGACACCCCAAGAACGAGCACAGCAAGCUGGGGACCCAGAUUUGGCUGCUUAUCUAGAAAGCCGACAGAACUUUAAGAUCAUUGGCCAUGAGGACCUGGAAACUGCAGUUUGACCCUGGGUGACAGGCACAAAGAACUCGAGCAAGCGUAUCACCUAUGCCCUCCCGGCUACUGGGCAGCUCCUCUGGAAGAAGCUAAUGGAAUUCAUAUCGGCCUCUCUCCUGCAAGGAUCUAUCUGAGACCACACUACCAGGUUUAAGGGCUACCGGGAUGUACAACAAGGACAUGAUAGCCCAUUGAGAAGGAGGCAGGCCGCCUGGAGAUUUGUGGAGUACGUGUUCCACAAAAUUUGAUCCUUAUUGCUUCCAGCAAGUAGCAUGAACUUCUGCGUUCACCUGUCUAAUUUAUUUCAAAGAUUCUGAGGAUGUUCACAUAAAAUGGCACUGCUCCCUCCUCCCUCUCUGCAUUCAUCUUUCCCUUGUACCACAUAACCUUACUGUAAUCACCCAUCGAUUUAGAAAAUAUACUAUCUCUUCUCUUUACUUUCAGUCUUCCAACCACAAGGUUGUCUGAAGGUCUUUUGAAACCCUCCUGGAUGUCUUGCAGAAACAUAUCUGUAAAACCACUUCCAUUUGCAGACUAAAUAUACCAAGUCUAGUUAGUGGCUUUGCAUGCCCCCUACCCCCUCUGGUUUCAUCACACAGGAGCUGGGAGGUGCCACAGUGGUAACGUCAACAUGUGUGCUCUGUCUCUGAGGUAUGGCGGAGCAACAUGGGAGCUGUCUGUGCUUGAAGUACUGCAGAGAGAUUGCCCAGGGGUCAUCCCAGGCAGCUGGGCUGUUGGUGGUCAGAAGGACUGGUUCAGCUUGGGCUGUUUGUACAGCUCGGUACUGCCUAUGUGUAGCCAUCUCUGCCUUCUGCUGCAGGGGAGAUGUGUCUAGGAGUCGGUGAAAGCCCCUAGCUAGUUUACAGAGCCAUGCGAUUCUAAGUGCUGUUUCAGGGACAAGGUUGGGCCUGUCUAGGACAUUGGUUAUAGGAAAUGGAGCCUUCAAAUGUUUAGUCCUAAGCUUUGUAAAGUGAUAAUAGAAAGCAGUCUAAUUGGAAAAAAAAUAGCAAAAAUAAAAGUAGCAAAGUGUGUCGCAACAAUAUACUUCAAUAGGAAAACAGCCUUUGGCAUUUUGGGCUCAGGUUAAUGACUGCCGGCUCGUGGAUGCAGUGGUGAGAGGGGUUCAGGUUUGUUUUUCUAAGAGUUCAGUUUUCAGGAUGUCAAGGAAGGCUUGACCCACGGACAAAGCCUCAUCUCACCAGUUCCAUGGUCAGACUCUCAGGAUAUCUGGCCCUUCCUAGUCUGUACUUCACUCGUGACUUUUUAGGUUCUGAGAUCAUGUCUGAUAGCCCUGUUUUCCGUGUAUUUGGGGGUUUAUUAAGCUCUGCUCCAUACUUUUAUUUUUUUUCCUGUCACGAAUUUCUUAGUAUAAAGCAUUGUGGCAGAAAUGGCUUUAUGAGAUCGUCACUUCUCUUCAUGCCAUAGAUCUGGGGGGGAUCAGGUAAUGAAGAGGAGGGGGAAAAUUGCUUUCUACUCAAAAAUCUUCGAGUUAGGUGUGGGUCACAAACACAGGUGAUGUAUCUGAGGGCUUUUCCUUCUGCUUUCUUCCAUUUUCUUUUCUCUUGAACACAGGAAAAUGUUUCCUCCAUGUUUCUGCAUGUGACCUUUAAUCUCACAGUCCAAUGGGGACAAUUUGUUUACCAGAGUCACGUAUAAUCAUUUGGAAAAGAUGGAUACAAUGUACCAUAUUAAGUCCAAGCAGGCUUUGAGUGGGUGGGGGCUUCAUUACCAGAGCCUCCCUAUAGUCAUUUCAGGACCAAUCUUGGCAUCAUUUCUAGCCGGGGGAAAAAGGGUUGGCUAAGAGUAAUGUGUUUUUAGGCAUCCAUCUCAGAACUGCAAUUUUCUCUUAGAUUUUGCAGGGAGGGGAAGCAGGGGGUCUGGACUCGAUUGUUUCCAGGAGCUGAAGUCACUGGGUUUCUGUUAGAAGUUUUUCAGUUGUUGGGGCUGUCAAGGAAAUAUUGUGAUGACAAAUAUAAUCCCUAGAAUGGACUGGAACCUUCCAGCUCCUAGAUGGAGUCAAACAUUUGGCCAAGCAGUUGGUUAUCCAGCUGGCCAGUGCUGAGAUACAGGACUAUAUUUUCGUUAACCACCAUCUCACAUUUCUGUGAGAAUGCUUCAAAACAGCCCCGAGAAAAUUUAGGAUAGAGGUGGCUAAGGGCCAAUCCCAAUAACUCCAACGAAGGCACGAAUAAGUCCCUGGCACAAAAGAAGAUGCAGUACUAACUACUGUAAGGGUCCUGGUACAUGUAGAAAUUGCACCCCUCCCCUCACAAGAAGAGAAAAAAAAUAGAUUCUACAUCAUAUGUGUAUGAUCCAUCUCUGGAAAAAUAACACCUCUAAGACUUGGUG